AUCUCAUAAUUUUGUUCACACCACAUUUACAUUUACAUUAAAUUUUAGUAAUUAAUCAUUUAGUUAAAUCCACCAAAUUCAAGCCCAUUACCCAUUAAUAUGUCGAGAUGCAUUUGUAAAAGAGCCCUAUCGUACACUCAAAAUCCGAACCUAGAAUGCCUGAACGAAGACAACCUGCACCACAUAUCAUUGAACACCAAAAUGGACUUGCCAGGCAUGUUCGGCAACGUUAAAUUCGUAUGUACAGGAGGCACCGACAGCAGAAUGCGCGGUUUCGCCGAAUACAUUAAGCAAUUAAUAGGCGAAAGAUUUCCAGUCGGCGUGGAGUUAUCGAACAUCAGCGCCCCAGCUAACCGGUACAGCAUGUACAAAGUGGGGCCGGUGCUUUGCGUUAGCCACGGCAUGGGCAACCCCUCGAUGGGCAUCCUCACCAACGAGCUCAUCAAGCUGAUGCACUACGCCAAGUGCAGGGACCCCGUGUUCUUCAGGAUAGGAACCUGCGGGAGCAUAGGGCACGACGGCGGCACCGUCAUUAUUUCCGAUGAUUGUUGCGAUGGGUGCCUCAGGAGAUUCUACUCGAUACCCGUCUUGGGGAAAAUGCUAGAUCGACCGGCCCAACUCGACAAGCAGCUGAUCAUAGAUUUGAAAAACGUUGUGGAUAAAAACGAUAAUUUUAAAGUGAUCUCCGGUACUACGAUGUGCGCUGAGGAUUUUUACGAAGGCCAGGCGCGUAUGGACGGGCCGUUUUGUAAAUUCUCCGACGAGGAUAAGCUCCAAUUUUUUAACAGAUUGUGCGGGCAAGGGAUCGUCAAUAUAGAAAUGGAAUCCACAUCGUUUGCGGCUUUAACGAAACAAGCGGGUAUCAAGGCGUGUGUUGUUUGCGUGGCGCUGGUUAAUAGACUGAAGGGAGAUUCCGUACGAGCAUAUUAUUUAUCUCUUUAUUUGAACAGAUUUUUUUUCGAAACGGUAUUUUUAGAUUGCCGUGCCGAAAAAUGUUAUGGACGAAUGGCAGAAAAGACCUCAAAUUCUCGUAGGCAGGUACAUAAAGAAGUGCUUGGACGCCUGCUGUUGUAUAUAAUUUAUUUUAAUGCUUUUUUACUCUAAAUACAUCUUGUUCGC